UUUCUAAUGGUCUCUACCAUCAAAGGCGACGCGCCAUGCGAUGAACUGCUAGAAAAGACUGUUGACAAAUUCCCUCAACAAUAACAACAAGAAGAGCAGCUGCCAUGAAGAUCGCUGUUGAGGGCUGUGCCCACGGUGCACUGGAGGAGAUCUACGGCACGCUGCAGUACCUGGAACAGCAGGAGGGGAUCCAGGUGGCGCUGCUGCUCUGCUGCGGGGACUUCCAGGCUGUGAGGAACGCAGACGACCUGGAGUGCAUGGCCGUGCCCAAGAAGUUCCGCUUCAUGGAGUCAUUCCAUAAGUACUACAGUGGAGAGAAGAAAGCUCCCUAUCUUACCAUCUUCAUUGGGGGAAACCAUGAGGCCAGUAACUACCUAGCUGAACUACCGUAUGGAGGAUGGGUGGCUCCAAACAUAUAUUACCUUGGGUAUGCUGGUGUGGUAAACGUUGGUGGGAUCAGAAUAGGUGGUGUCUCUGGCAUCUACAAGUCACAUGAUUACAGAAAAGGUCACUAUGAAGCCCCACCCUACAAUGAGAACAACAAGAGAAGUGCCUACCACAUCAGGAGUCUGGAGGUCUUUAGGAUGAAACAGCUGAAGCGCCCCAUAGACAUCAUGAUGAGCCAUGACUGGCCCCGUGGAGUCUACCACUGUGGCAACACAAAGCAGCUCCUGGCCAAGAAGUCUUUCUUCAGAAACGAGAUAGAGACCAACACGCUGGGCAGCCCCCCCGCUGAGGAGCUUCUGCGAGCGCUGAAGCCGGCGUACUGGUUCUCUGGUCAUCUGCACUGCAAGUUUGUGGCAGCAAUAGAACAUGAGAAAGAGGGACAGGAGACACCGAAAGUGACAAAGUUUCUUGCACUGGACAAAUGUCUUCCUCGCAGAGACUUUCUUCAGGUUAUUGACAUCCCCAGGAAUGAGUUUGAGCCGCUGGAGUUACACUACGAUGCCGAGUGGUUGGCCGUCCUACAGGGGACCAACCAUUUGUUCAGCACCUCCAGGGUGCCCAUGAACAUGCCAUCACAGUUCACGGAUGACAGAUGGGACUACUCUGUAAGUGCAGAAGAAAUGGAAGGUGUGAAAAAAGCCUUCAACGGCGACCUGAAGGUCCCAGAGAACUUCGUGCAGACGGCGCCAACCUACAACCCCGCUCGAUUGCAGAACGCCAGACAACCAAACCUAACAAUCAACCCACAGACCACUCUGCUGUGCAGCAAACUAGGGGUCACCGACCCCUGCAAAAAACUCCUGAAAAUCGCUGAGGGAAACCCCGACGAAAUCAGCUUGGAGGAUGACGACGAUGAUGAUGAUACCCACAAUCCUGAGGAAAUCAGCACCAGUGAUGUAGAUGAUGCAGAUGAUGAUGACAGUGCUUCAGAAGAAGUUAUUGUACCAGUUAACCCCAACACCACCGAGCCUGUCCCAAGCCAAGAAGAAGCAAGUAUCUCCGACGAAGAAGCAGAACUGAUUAAAGAGAUGCACAGAAUCCGUUCGUCGCCGGCGACAUCACAAGACGACAGCUCAGACGUCCUGACCUCCCCGUUCCACACGGGGUCGGAGACAGAGAGCGCGGCACCGGAUUUGUCCGACUCAGAUUCUCUGCACCAGGGGAAGACAGACUCAGACAGCGGGAAGAGGAGCAGUGAGAAUGAAACAGAUGGGUCAGGGUCUUCUAAGAAAAAGUUCAAGAGAAGAAAUCAGGCCAUGUAUGAAGACACGGAAGAGAGUUGUUAGGUUCACUAGUUCUUUCAUGUGUCAUUGUUACUACUUUGAACAAUAGAUUACUGAUGUCAAUUGGCUAGAUGUGUAGGGCUCACACCACAAAUAGUGGUUGUUAAUACACAUGAGAGAAACUGAUAUUUAAUAGAAAGUACCUAUUGAAAUGGACCAAUAGAAGAACUUUGGCACUUAUUCCAGUACAUAAAAUGUGAUAAAUGUCAUUAUAGUGUAUUACUCUUGAAGACUCUUUUAUUUCAUCUGCUUGUAAUGUUACGACAAAAUGUUGCUGAUUUUGUUAGUUUUAUCCUUCUGAAAAUCAUGAAAGAGGCAAAGAAUUUGGAAAAAGUUAAAAUGUUUAGCUUGAACCAGUUUAGCUCAGUGAAUUCAAAGAAAAGUUGAGCUACGUACUCUUGCACUAGUCAUGAGAAAACAGAUGCUAUGUACAGCUCAUAGACAGGUUCAUUGUACCAGGGAAAUUCCUCUAACUCUUUUUGACAAGUGCAGUAUGAAUAGUGACCCACAGUUUAAUGUUCAGUCCUGUGGACUGUGACCAUGGUUUGUAGUAGAGUGCAUAUUGGGUGAGUGACACAGCCGGGAUUCAAACUCCAAACCUCUUGGUCUGCAGCAGGGUCACUAACUAUUGCACUAUGCACACUACUUUAAGUAAAAUGUUUUUGUUUCUGUUAGCAUAACCUUUGUUGACUUCCUUUUCCAAACAGUUGUACUUUAAAAGUUUUGCUAGUGCAAGUAGU